AUGGCAGACGAAGAAAAACAGAAUCUUAAAUUAAUUGAGACUGAAGUAACUUUAGAUGAGGCAUGCAGUCUUGAUUUAACCAAUAGAAGUGACACAUCUAGUACACGUCCAAAACCUUAUCUCAAAUGUAUUGUUUGCGGUGAUGAUGCAUAUGGAUACAAUUUUGAUGCUAUUUCAUGCGAAUCAUGCAAAGCAUUUUUUCGUCGAAAUGCUUUACGACCACCGGACAAACUCAAAUGUCGUGGUAAUGGUAAUUGUAAUAUAACUGUCGAAACUAGAAAACGUUGCAAAAGAUGUCGACUAGAUAAAUGUUUCAAAAUGGGAAUGCGAAAAGAAUGGAUUCUUUCAGACGAAGAUAAACGAAAGAAAAAACGUAAAGCUGAAGAAAAUCGUCGUCGUAAACAAACUCAAGAACCGACUACAGAACCUCCUCGUCGCCGUCGUCGUAUUGCAACCAGUUCUAAAACAGAUCGUAGUAGUUCUGGUGAUGGAUCACCUCCUCGUAUAGUAAUCGACGAUCCCAUUUGUAUAAUGACUGAUUUUGAAUGGUCUAAAAUUCAUAAAAUUCAAUCAGCAUAUACUGAAGCAAUAGCAUAUAAUCAAGUUGUUGGUGUACCUCCUUAUCCAGCAACACAUCCAAUUCAUACAACACUUGAAUUAAUACGAAUUCCAACUUAUCUAUCAUCAUUGCGUCUUAUAACAUAUUUAAAAAUGACUCCUGAAUUUGCUUCAGUAGAUUCUGACGAUCGUGUAACACUUGUUAAACAUAAUUUAUUAGCACUUGUAUUUAUCCAUAUUGUCUUAAUUUAUGAUCCAAUUGCUGAUACGUAUCAUGAACAUAAAACACAAGAUCCUGUAUUCGAAGGCAAAGAUUGGAUUGAAAUAUUAGGCAAUGAAUUCUAUCAAGAUUUAACAGCUACAGCUACGAAAUUAAUUGAAAUACUUGAAUAUGAUCGUGUUAUUGUUAAAUUACUUUUAUUAAUUACUUUAUAUACCAAAGGUUUUUGUGGUUAUGAUAUUGUCAAUGAACCAUCAUUAAAUGAUAUAUCGACUGUAUUCAAUAUACACAGUAUGUACACUGAAGUAUUGUAUAAAUAUUGUUUACAUCAAUAUGGAUUAAAAACAACAACAAGUUUAUUUAUAAAACUUAUUAAUCAAUUAUUUGCUAUACAACGUUUAGCGAUACAUUUAAAAGAUAUUGUGCAUUUAAAUAUUGAUGCAUCACAAUUAUCUCCAUUGAUGCAAAGUGUCUUACAAUUACCAGAUACGACUUCACCUAAUAGUCAAAAUUAUGUUUCGAAUUAA